AAGAACUUAUUCCCCAACUGUGCUGUCCGUGGAGGGGGAGGGGGAGGAGGAGAGGCUUGUACACGUCAGCAGUCCAGAAGUGGAACCGACAUGUGCCGCCGUCGCGUCCUCUUCCUGGUGUGAGGAGCCUCGUCCGGGUGGGAGAAAGGCCAGCGGGACACUUGAGCGGGUUCGCGAUGGGAGCCGCUGUCUUCCGGUAGUCCGGCGCACCGGGACGAUGAGGCUUCGGCUGCAUAAGCGCAGCCUGCUCGCGCUGCUCGGGGUCUCCUUCGUGGUCGUGACGCUCCUGGUGACGACUCGCGUGCUCCUGGUCCCCGAUAACGACGCGGCCGGACCGGAGGACGACGUGGUUCCGAUCGAUCGGGUGGCGCAGAAGUUUGACUUUAGUUCGCUCCCGGCGCUCACCGAGUCCGUCUACAGCGCCAACUACAGGCAGAGCGUGUUCAACGCGGACCGGUUCCCCGGGGAGCCCCAGCUGGUGCUGGUGGUGCAGGUCCACAACAGGCCGCAGUACCUGCGGCUGCUCAUCAGGUCGCUGCAGAAGGCCGCCGAGGUGCACAGCUUCCUCCUCAUCUUCAGCCAUGACUACUUUUCAGAGGAAAUAAACGCCAUCGUGCACGGGAUAACCUUCUGCAGAGUGCUGCAGAUUUAUUUCCCCUUCAGCACUCAGCUGUAUCCCGCCGAGUUUCCCGGGAAGGAUCCGAGGGACUGUCCCCGGGACAUGUCCAAGGACAGCGCUUUGAAAAGCCAGUGCCUGAACGCAGCGCACCCGGACGCCUACGGACACUACAGGGAGGCCUUCAUCACUCAGACCAAGCACCACUGGUGGUGGAAGCUGCACUUUGUGUGGGAGCGCGUGCAGGUGAUGCAGGGCUACAGCGGCUUCGUGGUCUUCCUGGAGGAGGACAACUACAUCCUGCCAGACUUUUACCAUUACUAUAAAUCCAUGGUCGAGUUCAGGAAGGGCAGCUGCCCGGAUUGCGACAUGCUGGCGCUGGGCAACCACAACACACUGACUGAUUUCACCGCGCUGACCAACAAGGUGUCCACCACGGGGUGGAUGUCCACAAAACACAACAUCGGCAUGGCGAUCUCCAGGGAGGUGUACUACAAGCUGAUGGGCUGCAACAACGAGUACUGCACCUACGACGACUACAACUGGGACUGGACUCUGCAGCACCUCUCGGGGACCUGCAUAGCCAAGCCCGUCAAAGUGCUGGCUGCACUGGCCUCGCGGGUUCUCCACACGGGAGACUGCGGCCUCCACCAGAAGGAGAACUGCCGGCCCGAGUGGGCCUCGCAGAAGGUGGAGGAGGCCCUCCUCGCAGCCAAGGACGGCCUCUUCCCUCCAUCUCUGGUGCUUAAAGGCUCAGAGGUGGCGGAGCACAAGGCGCACAUGAAAAACGGAGGCUGGGGAGACGUCCGAGACCACAUUCUAUGCAAUAAUUAUGCCAAAGUUCUUUAAGCUAUGACCAUAAGUGCCCAUUGGUAUUCCACGUAUGUGCCAUUCACCUGUAACACUUCAGGGUUCCAGAGGCGGGUGUGCUAAUAUUCAGCUUCCAACAACCAGUCCGAGCGGCGUGCACACUGUCAUUUUAUUUCCAUUCACCAACGUUGCCAAAGAGCCGGUUGAUGUUUUGUUAAUAAUGCAAUCUCUGCCAGGCUCCUCGAUGUCAUGUCACCCCGUCCGCUUAUCUCUGGGUGUCCUGUGGGCCGAAGCAUUGCAUUAGAUCUAUUUCAUGGUGAUGGGAAAUGAUCCGAAUUUGCACAAAGACAUGCAUGCAAUUUUUCUUUUUCAAAUGAAUGAAUUGACUCGGAACAUUACACAAGGUGUUUUUUUUUUUACAACAACACGUAUGCUUUGGGCUGUGUGUGAAUGACUUGCAUUUGAUGAACGGUAAUGCAUUAUCCGCAUGCCUUUUAUGGUACGGUGUUUAAGUGCAACAACAAGGGGGUAGAUGUACUGGGUGUUCUGUGGAGACUGGAAAAUGCCAUGUGCAUGAUGGUGAAUAGAAGGGGAUUUGUCGAUUAUGCAGUAACUGUCUCUCUGGAGUUUCCUGAUGACUUUUGUUAUUUCCUGCACACGAUGGAAUUUGUGUAACUGAAUGUAACCGUCGUGGCAACCAGGGGUCCCUUCGUUUGAGAUGAGGUCAGCUGACACCACUCAGUCUGCUGCCCCUUCAGCCGUAUCCCGGCUUGAUAUUGAUUUUAUUUUUUCUUCUUGUUUUGAUUGCGACUAUAUUUGCUUUCUGAUAAGUGAAAAGUGACCUUUUGGAGUUUUGUUCCGCAAACAUCAGGGUCAUCUGUAUUUUUUGUAAUUGCACCUUCUUUGAUAGAAUUUUAUUUGGGGAUAUGGAGAUCCAAAUGAGAACAGGAUGAAACGAAUCAGGAUUUUCUAAAAAUAUUUUGCAAUGAUAAACAAAGUGCCUUUUUUACUUUCUGCUUCAACUUGUUUUAAAAAUAUUUUUAAAGGUGGACUGAUAAUACUUAUCGGUGCUGGGGCUUUGUGGUUUAACUAAUAACUAAAGACUCCAAACAAACAAAUUAUAUAUAUAUAUAUAUAUAUAUAUAUAUAUAUAUAUAUAUAUAUAUAUAAUUUGUUUGUUUGUUUUGGAGUCUUUCUUAUGAGAUGUAGAGGAAUUGGAAUGUGAAGGGUAAGUCCACAAAUAUCUUUGGGAAUUAGUAUAAAUAAUGGCAUCACUGGAAAGAUGAGAUCAGAUAGUGGUUCAACCUCGACGUGCCUUAUGGAGAAAAGUCAUAUGUUAUUGAAAUGAAUAAAUCUUCUACUUUUAUGUUGAAAGCACAAUCCGUUUUUAUAACACCGCAGAGACGGGCUAAAUCAGCAGGACUUAUUCUUUUACAGAUGGCGGUGUUUGUAAAUGGCUUUUAUGGUUUUGGAGUUGAUUGGGAUCAAGACCAACUUUUAUGUAGCUUGUUUCCUUUUUCUUUCUGAUAAUCACUUGAAAUAGCUGUUUGUUGCUCUCAAUGUUCACAAAAUGAGGAAAAAAUAAAUGGCUGAAUCUC